AUUGUAAUAGGUAAAUAAAUAUGGCGAUGUAGUAGUGUCGGGGCGUGUUAUAAAACUAUACGCUGAAUUUAUGCAAUAAAUAAUAUUAUUCUGACAUAAUAAUUAAUGAAAACAUAGUUCUAGUGAUCUAUUGAUGUUUUUGAGUGAGAAAUAAUGAGUGUGUAAGUAAUGACCAAUUAGAUCAAUGACUUGGGCUGGUGUACGGUGGUUGACAUGUAGGGGAGUCGGGGCUUCGCUGCGUCGCGGUCGGUUUUCUCUCUCAUCUGCGCUUGUUAGAAAUGUAGGAAGUGACUUUAAGUUAUCCUUUUAAUUGAUAAGUGUUAUGCAAAGAGUAUGGGACCUAAUUAAAAUGUAUGGUCAGAGAUUGAGGAUCUGAACUGUGUAGUGCUAAGUGUAGUGUAGUAAGAUGGCAUGGUAUGUGCCGGCCAGGGGUUUGGUUUUGACAGCGGGACACAACACUGCAAUAUGAUGGACUCGGACCUGCCACCUGGUAGUUGUAACUCAACUGGACAUCUGUCCACAAUCGGAUACCAUACUCUUCCGGGACGUAUGCACCACUCCGCCAGUACACCGGCGGGGGUGGACGGCGCCGGCGGUGGCUCCCGCACGCCCCCAGCUACGCCGAAGAAAGGCGGCAAGAUGCUCGCCGUCAGGAUUCAUAUGCUGGACGAGUCUAUAUCCAUGUUCCAGAUACAGUCGAAGGCGCUAGGCAGGGUACUAUUUGACCAAGUAUGUCGGCAGCUACACCUAUUGGAAGCGGAUUACUUCGGCUUGGAGUACCAGGAUGCCAGCGGUACGAAGAUAUGGUACUGGCUAGACUCGGAAAAGCCGAUGUGUCGUCAAGUGGGCCUGUCAAUGUUAGAACCGAACCUACGCUUCUGCGUCAAGUUCUACACAUCAGACCCCGCGAGACUGGAGGAGGAGUUCACUCGGUACCUGUUCUGUCUACAAGUGAAGAAAGACCUGGCCACCGGCUGUAUACAGUGCAAUGAGAACACCGCUGCGCUUAUGGCCAGCUAUAUUGUACAAGCGGAAUGUGGCGACUUCGUGCCGGAAGACUAUCCGGACCACACUUACCUGAGCGGCUACAAGUUCUUCCCCGGACAGGACUCGGAGUCCGAGAGGCGGAUCAUGGAAAACCAUAAAAAGCAUCUAGGCCAGAGCCCCGCGGAGGCAGACUUAAAUCUAUUAGAAACGGCGAGGAGAUGUGAACUUUAUGGUAUAAAAAUGCAUCCAGCGAAAGACCACGAAGGAGUUCCACUGAACCUCGCAGUAGCGCACUUAGGCAUCAUAGUGUUUCAAAACUAUACGAAAAUCAACACCUUCAGUUGGGCUAAGAUACGGAAGAUCUCGUUCAAGAGGAAAAAGUUCCUUAUCAAGUUACAUCCGGAGGGUUAUGUUAGUGGUUACUACCGCGAUGUGGUAGAAUUCUUCUUCGACGGUCGGAACGAAUGCAAGAAUUUCUGGAAGAAAUGCGUGGAGAACCAUGGUUUCUUCCGAUGUUCCAGUGUGCAACGACAACCCAGGGCUAAGACCAGGGUCAUAUCUAGAGGAUCUUCGUUUAGGUAUAGCGGUAAAACGCAGAAACAAAUCGUCGAGUACGUGCGGGACAAUUACGUCAAACGGCAAACAUUCCAAAGGUCGGGGUCGUUCCGCGCGCGCUCGGUGUGCGGCUCGCGCGGCACCGUGGCGCCCGCCGCGCCGCUCAACCAGUCCCUCUCCGCGCACCCGCUGCUGCCGCUGCCGCCCGGCUCCGACGCGAUUUCCCUGGAGUGGGACAAACAACCUCACUACCUGGAGGCUUCUCUGAUGAUGAAGGGCUACAGUGCGGAGGAGGCUCGGGCGGCGGCGGCGCGGGCCCGGCGUCCCGUGGCCGCCACUCGCCCGCCGCUCGCAGCUACCGCCUAUGCCACCACGAGGGACAAGCUUUCAAAACUGUACUGCAAUCAAAUCGCUCCCGAGCUAGUGACCCAUGCCGAGGUCAAUCAUCAUCCUACGGAGGAUUCGCCUCUGCCUCAUCGGACGACGACACCAUUGGUUUCUCCGGAGAGUACAUGGAGCCAGGCGAGUUUGUCCCGUGCGGGUGGGCCCGGCCGCGCGCCCACUCCGCCGCCGCGUGCGCGCCCAGACGAAACGUCACCCGAGGAGGAAGAUAACACGGUAUCGUCAGCUAGUCUAUGCAUGUCGCCGACUUCGGUCACAGACAACAGUAUAGCUGGUAUACCGAUAUUCGCGUCCACGCCGCUCGUCGCGCGGCCGAAGCUGACCAAUGGACAUGAUGUUGUGGAUAACAAGAGAAAUAGUGAGAAUAAUAAUGAUACUGUCAAUGGGAAUGUUAAUGUGACGAUAGUGUCGGAGUCCGUCAACAGUAUGGACGUGCUCAGCGGAGGGGAGAGCGACGCGGGUGAUACACUAUCCAGGCGGAAUAAUAAUAGUAUAUCGUCCGGUAUGUUAGGCACGUUACGGGAAGUAGGCGAUGCGCCAAAGAAGCGCCACAUGGACAUCACGUACUUCGUGGCUAAGGAGCUGCUCAUGACUGAGAGGACUUACAAGAGAGAUCUAGAGCUUGUUACUGUGAAAUGGAGCAACAGUGUCUCCGCUCUGGCGGCGGGCGGCGACGCGGGCGAGGGCGCGGGCGCAGCGCUGGCCAGAGCCUGCCUAGCGCUGGAGCCGCUAGCGUUGAGCACCGGCAAGCUGCUGGCCAGGCUCGACCGAUUGCUGGCCAACUGCACCAAGCCUGAUGACGCUGAGGAACCUGAGUACAAGAAAAUAGCAAGCGUCCUUUAUGAUCAUUUGUUGAGUACAAUUGAUGCAUCAGUAUGGUACAGCUCGUGCGCGGGCUCGCUGGUGGGCGUGGUGGAGAGCGUGCGUCGUCGCGGCGGCGCGGCGGGGCGCGCGGCCGCCGCCUUCGACGCCGACGCGCCGCUGCCGCUCGCCGCGCUGUUGCUGCGCCCGCUGCAUAGGGCGCUGCACUAUCAUCGACUUGCUAAUGAGCUAUACAACGCGACCCAAAGUGAAUCGGCAGCGGCAGCCCUGGAGCUAGCUUCGCACGGCGCCAACGAGGCUCGGGAACAGUUACAGCACGGUGAAAACCACGCCGCGCUCUGUCAGCUGCAGAGAGACAUCGCUGGUUACGACAAGCUUUUAGUAGCAGAGCGCGAGUUCAUUAGAAUGGGAUGUGUUUACAAACAUUCUUCGAGAGGAUUACAACAAAGGAUGCUGUUUUUGUUCAGCGACGUGCUGGUGGUGACGUCGAAGGCAGGCUCGGCGCAGUUCCGCGCGCACUCGGCGCUGCCGCUACAUGCACUAACUCUCAAACAUUCUGAGCUGCCGCACUCCUUCACGCUUACUGGCGGCGAAGACACAAACCUACUUCUAAGCGCGACAAACGACUUGGAGUUCACGGGCUGGUACCGAGCGCUGCAGGCCGCCAUAGACAACGCCAGAGACAAGUACACCGACGUCGAUACCGAACUCACGCCCUAUGAACAAGAAACUAGUGAGUCAUCUCCGCUGGGCGCAUGCGGCGGCGGGCUGGCGCACGUGUGCUGGCACCGCUUCACCUCGCUCGACACCACACAUCUGCAUCUCGCCAUGCGGACGCAGCUAUCAGGUUACUUACUACGAAAAUUCAAGAAGUCUCCGGGCUGGCAGAAGCUGUGGGUAGUGUUCGCCGUCUCAACAUUGUUCUUCUAUAAGAGCUGGCAAGAUGAAACGCCGCUGGCUUCACUACCUUUAUUAGGCUACAGUGUCGGUGCUCCCGUACCAGAUGACAAUAUAGACAAAGACUUCGUGUUUAAGCUGCAAUUCAAGAACCAUGUGUACUUCUUCAGAGCAGACAGCCAGUACACUUUCAAUAGAUGGACGGAAGUGUUGCAAACGGCAACGAUGCGACCUGAAAAUUGAUCUAACAUCAAUAUUUAAUAGAAUUUUUUUAUUAAACAUACUAAAGUAUAUGAAAACAGAAUGGAUACAACAUUGGUGCCAUAUAAACGUGGCCACAGAUAUAUUUUUGUACGAACUUUGGAAGUGAAUCUUGCCUGUAUUUAUUGUGUGAAUCGCUUUAGUAUUAGACCAAGACUGACGGAUGUCAAAGACGUUAAUGCAUUGUAGUCAUAAUAUUAGGUGGCUAAUGAGAUAAUAUGCUAUUGUAAAUAGUGGGUUUGAAGUGGACAGAAUACAAAAAAGAAAUAUACUUUUUUG